AUGAACACCCUGCAGCGACGCUCGUUCAAGGUCUCGGCCUUUGGACGCCUGUCGUCGGGCCGGAUCCGGUGCCCUAGCCGCAGCCUUCACCUCGCACCCCCCUUCCUCCUCGACGGCUACACGCCGCGACACCAGACGCUGAGUGCCAGCGAUGCGGCAAGGAAACGGGCGCGGGCGUACGCUCAUCUCGGCCACUGCAAUCUGUGCCCGCGAAUGUGCGGGGUGAACCGCCGUGAGAAGACGGGCAUGUGCCUCGUCGGCGACGAUGUCUUGGUCAGCGUCAUCGCCCCUCACUUUGGUGAAGAACCCUGCAUCCAGGGCCACAACGGCAGCGGUGCCGUCUUCAUGAGUGGCUGCAACCUUCGCUGCGUCUUCUGCCAAAACUUUGACAUCUCCCAUCGGCGCAACGGCAUGCGUCUCACGCCCGAGGCGCUCGGCGAAUGGUACCUGAAGCUGCAGGACGUCGGCGCCGUCCACAACAUCAACAUCGUCACGCCCGAGCACGUCGUUCCCCAGGUCGCCCUGAGCAUCUUGCACGCCACCGAGCUCGGUCUCCGGCUGCCGAUCGUCUACAACACGUCGAGCUUCGACUCGCGAGCGUCCCUCGAGCUCAUGGACGGCCUCGUCGACAUCUACCUCGCCGACUUCAAACUCUGGCACGCCGACUCGUCCAAGAGGUUGCUCAAGGCCGACGACUACGCCGCGACGGCGAGGGAGAGCAUCCGUGCCAUGCAGAGCCAAGUCGGCGAUCUGUGCUUCACCGCCGACGGCUUGGCGAAGAGGGGCCUGCUGGUCCGACACCUGGCCAUGCCCGGCAAGGAGGCCGAGGGGGCCCAGAUCAUGCGUUUUCUCGCCUCCGACAUCUCGAAAGACUGCUUCGUCAACAUCAUGGAGCAGUACCACCCCGACGGCCACGUAGGCAAAAAAGUAAAAGGCACACGGGCCGGCCGAGGCUCUGACGAGGUUCGCUACGGCGAGCUCAACCGGGCCGUCACCGACGACGAAGUAUCCUCGAUCCGCCACGCCGCCGAGGAUGCCGGGCUCUGGAGAUUCAACGACCCGCCUCGGCACGACGGGUUUGCCAUUUGA